AUGUUAAUUCACAAUGAUGCUGUGAGUCGAGGCAAAAAAUUCGAUCAGACCUCUACUAGUGGAGAAGGUGAGUCUGUUUUUGGAAAAUUAUUUCCUUGUGGUUUUGCACUCCGAUUGGAUUCCCAUCACCCGAUUCUGUUCCUGACCUCUUCAUUGGACCUUCAUAUCGUUCAGCUUCUCUUCUUUGAACCUGCGGAGGACCCGGCAGUGACCGUCCAAUUCUACAGGCUAUUCAAAGAGGUGUCUGGUGAUGACGAGGUUGAAAAACCCGCGAAGAUAACCAGCCAAUCAACUGGAGACUCACGUGACCACGGAUUCGCUGUGCUACCAAAAGUAAGGGAGUCAGCAGCAAGUCUGAGGUACUCAGGCCCAGAAUUCGACGAGAUCUGCGACCACAUUGUUGAAGAACGCACGAGAGGCGUCUACAGGGGAUCUGGCAAGGGCGGGUUCUUGACUGAGGAGGAAGCCGAUAUCUACCGUGCCAACAUGGCCGAACAACGCAGGCUAGCGAGAGAACGACUUGCCGAGCAAGAACGGCAACGGGCAGAAGAGGAGAGAGAUGGCAUUAAGCGUGGCGAGGUGGAGCGCCAGGUGGCAACUCAAGCGGCUCGUUAA